CCAACCUCAUUCAUUGCUCCCCAACAACAUACUCACAUCUUUCUAAGUCCCAACGUUAUAAGUAUAUAUACCUCAUCCAAUGGCAUUUCAAACUAGGUACUACUAUAGAAAAAUCAUCACAACCAAGAGACAGUUUGUGAACAAUCAAGCAGCUGCAGGGUUUAACAAUCCUGUGCAGAUGGGUAGUGCGAAUCCUUUUGCUACUACAGUGGAGGAUCCUUGGCUCGGUAUUAAUCCUGUGUUAGGUUCAAACAAUAUGGUGAUUCAACCGCUAAUGAAUGCAACAAUUUCUGCUCAUAAUGGACCUGCUAACAUGCAGCUCCCAAAUGGCCAAAGAAAACGUUCCAGAGUAUCAAUAAACCAGGUUAACAAUCAAAAUGUUUAUUAUCCAGUCCUCGAUUAUGCUCCUCAACAUAUUCAGAGUAUCCUGAAUAUAUUGAAAGAACAAGAUGCGGAAAUUACAAACUUGUGGGCAUUCAACAAUGCACUCCGUGAAGUUGUAAAGGAUCUUGUUGAUGAGAACCAGAAAUUGAUAGAAUGUGCAAUCACAUGGAAAAUCAAGACUGUGUCUCUGCAUACCGAAUUAGAAGCUGCCAUGGCAGAGGUUAGGAGGCUGCAGGGGCUUGUGGCCGCAAAUUGUGCUGUGGCGGCCUCCCAUGAGGAGCAAGAAGUACGGUCUUACUGUGGUAGCAACGUCUCUGCUGAGAACACACCAGAGAACUCUCAGUCAGUGGCAAAGGUAGAAGACGGUGAAACUGCGGCUGAGGAGGUGCAGACUGGAGCUGCUGAGAUGGGGGAAGGUAGUGCGAGACUACCAUGACUGCAACAGCCCCUGUAAGCUUCAUCUGAGAAAAUUAAAAUUAUGUCUGAAUAUGAAAGAAGAAAUGUGUGGUGCUUCUCUAUAGAUUAGUUAAGUCUUUUCAGACCACUACAAGUGGUGUAUCAGCUGUUUGUUCAAGUUCUAUGUAAGUUGUGAGGUUUUAGUGUCCCAUAAUUAGUGAACUUUUCGUAUUUAAUCA